CAGAAAAGGAUAAAGGGCGCUGCCCGGGUUGCAUACUUCGUUAUUUCUUCUUCGGUAUUUGAAGCAUUGAAAGAAAGUUAUUAUUUUCCCCAGUAUUGACAAGAAGACUAUCCACGUUUGAUAAAGACAUUGGGGCCUGUAUCACUGGGCACUUUUACAACGAUGACAGCUCUUAGCGAAGACCUGCUUGUGACUGUGAACAAGCUUCAAGAUCUUGUCUUUAAUACGAUCGGAAAUGACUCCCUUGACUUGCCGCAGAUUGUUGUUGUGGGCUCUCAGUCAUCUGGCAAAUCGUCCGUACUUGAGAACAUUGUUGGCAGAGACUUCUUACCACGAGGAAGCGGUAUAGUCACGAGGCGCCCGUUGAUCCUCCAACUCAUAAAUAUUCCCAGCGAACGGCACGACAAGCCCGAAAGCGAUGAGGUUCAUAUACCCCAUACAGCAGCAAGUGUGGCGGGACAGUAUGAGUGGGCAGAAUUUCACCAUCUCCCUGGCCGCAAAUUCGAUGACUUCGCCUUGGUUAAGCAAGAGAUUGAAGCGGAGACCGCAAGGAUAGCUGGAAGCAACAAAGGAAUUAAUAGACAGCCCAUCAACCUCAAGAUAUUUUCACCGCACGUACUCAAUCUUACCAUGGUUGACUUGCCGGGGUUGACGAAAGUGCCUAUCGGGGACCAACCGUCCGACAUUGAAAAGCAAACACGGGCUCUAAUACUUGAAUACAUAGCGAAGCCGAACAGUAUCAUCUUAGCUGUUUCGCCUGCUAAUGUUGACCUUGUGAAUUCCGAAGCUUUGAAGCUUGCUCGUCAAGUGGACGCCAUGGGUCGAAGGACAAUUGGAGUUUUGACGAAACUGGACCUCAUGGAUCAUGGCACGAACGCCAUGGACAUUCUCUCUGGGCGCGUCUAUCCUUUGAAGCUCGGAUUUAUUGGAGUUGUUAAUCGAUCACAACAAGACAUUCAAUCUGGGAAAUCACUGUCUGACGCAUUGCACGCCGAAGUCGAUUUCUUCCGACAUCACCCAGCCUAUAGGAAUAUGGCGAACCGUUGCGGUACGCAGUUUCUUGCGAAAACCCUGAAUACCACCUUAAUGUCCCAUAUCCGGGAUCGGCUGCCCGACAUCAAAGCGCGUCUUAACACUCUCAUGGGUCAAACUCAGCAAGAACUUGCAAGCUACGGCAAUAAACAGUUCAGCGGAAAGGAACAUCGUGGAUCCCUUAUUCUACAGCUUAUGACGCGCUUCGCCUCGUCUUUCAUAUCUUCCAUCGAUGGAACGUCCUCCGAGAUAUCAACCAAGGAACUCUGUGGAGGGGCGAGGAUAUAUUAUAUCUUCAACUCCGUUUUCGGCAAUUCUCUCGAAACAAUCGAUCCUACCCACAACUUAACUGUUACUGAUAUUAGAACUGCUAUUCGGAACUCGACUGGUCCACGUCCGAGCCUAUUUGUUCCGGAGCUCGCUUUUGACCUGCUUGUCAAACCUCAAAUAAAAAUGCUAGAAGCUCCUAGCCAGAGGUGUGUUGAAUUGGUCUAUGAGGAACUCAUAAAGAUUUGUCAUACGUGCGGCUCGCAGGAAUUGCUUCGUUUUCCACGGCUUCAAGCGAAACUGAUAGAGGUGGUGUCUGACCUUCUUCGUGAGCGUUUGGGACCGUGCUCAGCUUAUGUUGAAUCGCUCAUUUCCAUCCAGAGGGCAUAUAUCAAUACAAACCAUCCUAACUUCCUCGGUGCAGCAGCGGCUAUGUCGUCUGUCAUGCAGAACAGGCAAGAACAGGAGAGACGGGCAGCGCUAGCGGAUGACCGGAAAAAGCGCGAGAAGAGACGAUUGAAAGAACUCGGAGCGGUGAAUGGGAACACGCCAGCAUCCCCUGAGGAUGAGGACGAACAGCAUGCAGAUCCUAAGACGCAAAAUAUUCCCAUCAGGAGUCAACCUCCGAGAAAUACCAGAAGCAUGUCCCCUCACUUUGGCAAAGGACAAGAAGGUGGCGUGACCGCAACCUUGAAUGGAGCCCAUGCACAGUAUCAUACUGCUUUUGGGACAGCCAAUACCACUCGUGAUUCGUUCCUUAACUACUUCUUCGGUAAGGACGGCGCGCAACCUACCAGCUCAUUGCCUCAGCUGUCGGGACAGAGCCGUCCAUAUACCAAUGUCAAUGAAGCAAGCAUUAGUCACAGCACUCGCCGGACUGAUAUACGUUCCCCUAUCAUGUCAACUGAUGAGUUCCCACCUCCUAUGGAAUUUACCGGUGAUGUCGGAGCUGCCCCGAAGGACGACCCCGAAGCUGUCCUCUCCGACCGUGAACUGUUAGAGACCGAGCUGAUUAGUCGACUCAUAUCUUCUUACUUCAACAUCGUCAGAGAGACCAUCGCAGAUCAAGUUCCUAAGGCUAUCAUGCAUCUCCUUGUCAACCACAGCAAGGAUGUUGUGCAAAAUAGACUCGUGAGCGAACUUUAUAAGGAAGAUUUAUUUGCAGAGCUUCUUUACGAGGAUGAUGGCAUCAAGGCGGAGAGGGAGAAGUGCGAGAGAUUGCUGGAUACCUACAAGGAGGCAGCGAAGAUUGUCGGAGAAGUCCUGUAACAUUAUCGAUGAAAGAGCAGACUGGGGACCAUCAGCUUGCGCUAUCAGCCAAGACAAUAUCCAGCUUCUGGCCUUCUGAAAUCCCGGGGUCCGGAUGAUGUCGCACAUUUUUGUAUUUAUAGUCUGACAUAUUAUCAUCACCUGCGGUAAUCCACAGUUACAUCAUGCGGAACAAUAGAAGAGCAGUGGUGACGAGUAGUCAAUCCAAAGAAACCAGGUGUUGUCUAUCAAUGGCCAUCAAUGCGUCGAAG